CCCCCGCCAGCUCCUGACUCUGCGUGUCUCUCCUCGUCGGACUCCUCUCCUCUCCUGCAAGGUCACCUCCCUACCUGGAUCGCAAAGAUGCCAUCUCAAAUGGAACAUGCCAUGGAGACCAUGAUGUUCACCUUCCAUCGGUUUGCUGGGGAUAAGGGUUACCUGACCAAGGAUGAUCUGAGGGUGCUGAUGGAGAAAGAGUUCCCCGGAUUCUUGGAAAACCAGAAGGACCCUCUGGCCGUGGAUAAGAUCAUGAAGGACUUGGACCAGUGCCGGGAUGGCAGAGUGGGUUUCCAGAGCUUCUUCUCGCUGAUCGCCGGGCUGAUCAUCGCUUGCAACGACUACUUCGUGGUGCACAUGAAGCAGAAAGGGAAGAAAUGAGGCCACAACCUGGGGAGGGGGGCUGAAGCCAGGGUGGGAGGAGGUGGGGUUGAACAGCCACCAUGACUCCCCCUUCCUCCGUCCCCCAAACAUCCAGCCCAGGUAGGUCCACAUAUUUGUAGCCCCACCCCUGCUGCCUCCGGCGUAGGGCAGCGGGGGAACAUCAUGUGGGGUGGGAGAAGCUCCGAGACACCCCCACCCCGGUCCACUCAAAACCCCGUAGUAUGAAUCAGUGACCCUCCCAACCACCCCCAGAUUCCAAUUUGGCCGCUAGAAAAGUCUGUUGAAUGCCAGAUAAGCUUUUGAUUUUUAUACCGUGCUCAGCCGCUGCCCCUACAAUAAAGAGAUGCUGUUUUGUUUUGUUUUUUAAAUGUC